GAGAUGCUAUAUUUGAAAGGAAGCAAGGAGAAGCUGUCAAACAAUUGGAUAAUAUCUUGGUAGAUCCAGCCAGUGCUCAAGAAGCAAUUGAGAUAAUGUCUCCAGGAGAAACAACCAAUAUACUCAAAGAAAUGUUGUUGUGUGGUUAUAAGCCUGAUGUAGAACCAUUUCUUUCAAUGUUGCUGCAAACAUUUAGAGCAACAAAGCUGCUGGAACUGAGAACCAGAUCAAGGAUAUUUAUUCCAAAAGGAAGGUCUUUAAUGGGAUGUUUGGACGAAACCCGUACUUUGGACUACGGUGAGGUAUUUGUACAAGUUUCUCGCACUGGAAACAAAAAUGUUUAUGAUGAUGGUCUCUCUAAAUUUAGUGGAAGUGAACUCAAAGUAGGUACUGCUGUUGUUAAAGGAAAAGUAAUUGUUGCAAAGAACCCUUGCCUCCAUCCUGGUGAUAUCCGUGUCCUGCAGGCUAUUGAUGUUCCUUGUUUGCAUCAUAUGGUUGACUGUGUUGUUUUUCCGCAAAAAGGAAAGAGACCGCAUCCGAAUGAGUGUUCAGGGAGCGACUUGGAUGGAGACAUAUACUUUGUGAGUUGGGAUCCAAUGCUCAUUCCCCCUUGUCAGGAUGAACCUAUGGAUUACACCGCAGCAAAACCUGAGAUCCUUGAUCAUGAUGUUACAAUUGAGGAAGUCGAGAAGUAUUUUGUAAAUUAUAUAUUGAAUGACAGCUUAGGAAUCAUUGCAAAUGCUCACACAGUCUUUGCUGAUAAAGAGCCAUUGAAGGCUCGAAGUGAGGCGUGCCUAGAACUUGCCAGAUUAUUCUCUAUCGCUGUUGACUUCCCCAAGACAGGCGUCCCUGCCGUAAUCCCACCAAAUCUUCAUGUGAAGGAAUAUCCAGAUUUCAUGGAAAAACAAGAUAAAGUUACAUAUAUAUCUGAGGGGGUGAUCGGAAAGCUCUUCAGAGAGAUUAAAGACCAUGCUCCCAAUUCAUGCCGUAUAAAGGCAUUCACUAGAGAAGUAGCAGCGCGAUCCUAUGACUCAGAUAUGGAGGUUGAUGGCUUCAUAGAGUACAUUGAUGAAGCUUCCUUUUUCAAGAAUGACUACGAUACCAAGUUAGGGAAUCUCAUGGAUCACUAUGAGAUCAAAACUGAAGCUGAGAUUCUCAGUGGAAGUGUAAUGAACGCAUCCAAACCUUUCAAUAGGCACAAAGAUGGUGAAGCUGUAAUAUUAGCUGUGAGGUCGUUGAGGAAGGAAGCAAGAGGAUGGUUUAAUGAGAAGAGGCAUGAUGAUGAGGAUGAAGACGAUGCUUUUGCAAAGGCAUCUGCCUGGUAUCACGUUACCUACCAUCCUGACUAUUGGGGGGGUAUCUAUAAUGAGGAAUUAAACCGGCCUCAUUUCUUAAGCUUUGCGUGGUGUGUCUAUGACAAACUGAUUGUGAUCAAGCAGAAGAACAUGAGAAUGAGGAGAACUGCUCAAUCACUGCAGCGCUGAAUGCAGAGCAGCCUGCAUAUACGGUGAUGCGAACUUGAUCACUGUGUCAAUGAUAACCCAAAUAAUCAAAAGAUUAAUAUGAUUUCAAAAUAGUAUAUAGUUUGAGCUCGAAUUUGUAUAGCAACUGGUUGUUUUAGAGACAAACCUUAUGUAUGUGGUGUGCAUAAAGCCUGUGUAUGCAAACUAUGUUUGUGGAGUGAAUGCUUACCCAUUAGAGUGUGGGAAGUUGAUGUAAAACCUGAUGUAUGUGGUGUGUAUAAAGCCUGUUUAUGCAAACUAUGUUCGUGGAGUGAAUA